AUGAAGGCCGCUUUCCUCUUCGCUCUUGCCACUUUGUCUGGCGCUUUGGCUCAAACCUGCCCAUCUUACGCCGUCACCGUCACUCCUCUCCCAGUUACCGUCACCAUCACCGCUAACGCCACCACCAUCACUGCUCCUACCCCAACCCGCUACGUUACCGUCCCAUGCCCAUCCACCAUCUGCAAGCCCCAAACCUGCGGAAACUUCCUCAAGCGUUGCGACGCCAAGAACGACUGCUGGUGCGGAUUGAGCGCUGAAGGUACCGCUGUCUGCUUCCAGAACUCCUGGUGCAGCGGCCUCAAGCAGUGCAAGACCACCCGUGACUGCCCACAAGGCUCUACCUGCUUCGUUCAAACCUGCUGCGGUGUUCCAGUUUGCGUCAGCACGACUUGCAAGUCUCCAAACCCAAUCAAGAGGGGCUUGGAGAACAGAUUCAGCAAGAGAGAAAUUGCUCAGGACGAUAUGAUUGCCUUCAAGAAGGGACAGGAGAUCCCAUCUUUCGAUGAGACUCGCCCGUAA